AUGCCAGAGAGAAACGCUUCUGCCAUUAAGGUCGUUUCAAGAAAAUCCUUAUGCUUUUUCUUCACAACAACAACGUUGUUAUUCAUCACGUCAUGGCUCUUCGUUCUCCGUUCAACUCGCUCUGAUUCUACAUCCGAAGCCAUUUCUCAGCUUCUCUCCACCACCUUCACGGAUUCCGUUCCCGAUUCAUCUCAAUCACGAAACUCCGAAUCCAACUUCAGCAACAGAGCUAUUCUCGCUAACACAAAAAAACAAGAGAUUGUAAAAUGCAACAGCCACACUACCACCGCGUCAAAUGACAAUAGUAACUAUAUCAACAACUUUGCAUUGAAGAUUUUCAUGUACGAUUUACCUCCAGAGUUUCAUUUCGGAUUAUUAGAUUGGAAAGACGACAAAGGUAAAAAUGUUAAAAACACUAAAGUGUUUCCUGAUAUGAAAACCAAGAUACCACAUUACCCUGGCGGUUUAAAUUUACAACACAGUAUUGAAUACUGGCUAACAUUAGAUAUUCUCGCUUCAGAGUUACCGCAAAUUUACCCUAACAAUGCAAGAACGGUGAUCAGAGUUAAGAACUCGAGUGAAGCUGAUGUCAUAUUUGUGCCGUUUUUCUCUUCUUUGAGUUACAACAGACUCUCCAAAAGAGGUCCACGUGAAAACAAGAGUAGAAACAGGGUGUUACAAGAGUAUUUGGUGAGUUUUUUGAUGAGUCAAGAGGAGUGGAAAAGGUCUGGUGGAAGGGAUCAUUUGAUUCUGGCUCAUCAUCCGAAUAGUAUGUUGGAUGCUAGAAUGAAACUGUGGCCUGCAACUUUUAUAUUGUCUGAUUUCGGGAGGUACCCUCCCAAUAUAGCGAAUGUCGAGAAAGAUGUGAUCGCGCCUUAUAAGCAUGUUGUCGGUUCUUAUGUUGAUGAUCAAUCUAGCUUUGAUAGCAGACACACUUUGCUUUAUUUCCAAGGAGCUAUUUACAGAAAAGAUGGAGGCCAUGCUAGGCAAGAACUGUUUUAUCUUCUAAAAGAUGAAAAAGAUGUACAUUUUUCAUUUGGGAGUGUACAGAAAGGUGGAGUAAGGAAAUCAACAGAAGGCAUGCGUUCUUCAAAAUUCUGUCUCAACAUAGCAGGCGACACGCCAUCAUCAAAUCGCUUAUUUGACGCCAUCGCGAGUCACUGUGUCCCUGUCAUAAUCAGCGACCAAAUUGAGCUUCCAUACGAGGAUGUCCUCGACUACUCAGAGUUCUGUGUAUUCGUCCGAACAAGAGACGCCCUCAAAAAGAAGUAUCUGAUAAACUUCAUUAGGGGCAUUGACAAAGAUGAAUGGACAAGAAUGUGGAACAGGUUGAAAGAGGUUGAGAAAUUCUUUGAUUUUCAGUUCCCUUCAAAGGAAAGUGAUGCGGUUCAAAUGAUUUGGCAAGCUGUUUCGCGUAAGGUUCCUUUGAUGAAAUUGAAAACAAACAGGUCUAGGAGAUUUUUUAGGUCCCUUUAUGGUAAUAAUAAAGAUACGGGGCAUAAAUCUAUACCAGCACCAGCUAAUUUUUGGUGA